AUGUCGGAUCAACGCGGUUCCUCUCGCCGACACGGCGUCUGGACUCACUGGGUCCCGCUGGUGCUGACCGUCACCGUCGCCACUGUCGGCAUUGCCGCCUGGGCAUGGAGCCAGCGCAGCGACGAUGACGACGAGGUCCCCAGUCGCCCCAACAACGGCGGCGGCAACAACACGGCAUCUUCAUAUGCCCAACAUCAACAAGGCGACCAGCACCUCGAUUACGAGAACGCAGACUAUGGUGACAACCCACCCUACGGCGCUGCGAACCGCAGCCUCGACGUGAAGACGGGCGCCGACGCCCACUCCGAGGGCGUAAGCGGUUGGGGGACUCGCAUGUCGGGCGCAUUGCGUCGCACCCCGAGCCCUCAGCAGUUCCUCGACAGCGCCGGCAAGACGGUUGCAGCUGGCGUCGCCGCGGCCGGUGCCGCCGUCGGGAGUGCCCUCGCAGCCAUCCGCGAGGAGGAUAAGAACGCCUACGCGGACCACGAGACAUGGUCGGAGGAGGCUGACGCCAAGAAGAAGGACAAGGGAUCUUCGUCGAAGCACGGCAGCAAGAAGCGCAAGACCGUCGCUAUAGUCGUGUCUGCUGAUAUGCGUAUGGAUGAAGUCGACGAGGACGGUUUCCACGAGCAUGCUUCCCUGCUAUCACACAUUCCAAAGACCGUCGACUUCUCCAAGAUCAAGCUUUUUGUUCUCAUCUACGCCCCAGGUCUUAAGGAAGCCGGAGCUGACUCUUCAGGCAACCUUCCCCCAUCUCUGAGCUCGUCAUUCUCCAAUAUCAGCCACAACCAGGCCCAAUCACCAAAAGACGAGAAGACGCCCUUACAAGCAGCGACGGCGUCAAGCCCAGCCUUCAACGCAAUUUACAGCCAAGCCCUCGCCCUCGUGGAGAAAGAGACCAUGAUCCUCCCCUUCACGAGCUCGACCGGCUAUAGCCACAUCCUGCGCCACCUCCAACCAGACGUCGUGUACCUCCAAGAGUCCCUGUCGGGCGAGGAGGGCAUCGUCGUCUCGCAAAUGCAGGCCUGGCUCAACAAGGAGAUCAUCCUCGUCGUCGGCGCUGACAGUGGCAGCGGCGGUCUAGCGGACAGUGAGUCCGAGGUGGAGCGGCCCAGUAAGGGCGUCAAGAAGUGGUGGCAGCGCGAGGAGCGCGUAGGCAGGGGAAGGGGCGUCGUCGUCGUGGACGGUAUGCGCGUUACGGACGACUGGAUCAGGAGGGUCCAGGGUCGAGAGUAG